GUUUGACACAUGCCCCUCGCUUACAAUGCCCCCCUUCCCCCAAAUCCCCCCAGCUGUUAAAUAGCAGAAGAUGAGUAGAAGCUGGGAGUCAGAGCCAUGAAGGCGGAAGAGUGAGGAAGGAAGAGAGAAAGAGAGAGAUAUCUUGGGACUUGACAAAAGAGGGCCAUGUACCAUAUAACUGGCAGUGUCGCUUUCCCGCUGAUGACCUCUCAGUCGCUCCUGUACACAGUGCCACCCCAUCUUCCGCAGGCUCCGGGAGGGUGCUGCUCCUCCUUUCUGCCAGCACCCUCGACUCAACUCACGCCUUUCUGCGCCGUCCCUGCAAUGGAUCACCUGGCAGAAAUCUUCCUGGACCUGCACUACGGCCUACCGCAGAGGCGCCGACGGAGCCGGACCGUCUUUACGGCGCAGCAGCGACAGGCUUUGGAGAACGCCUUUGAGCGGACCCAUUACCCAGACGUGGGCACCCGGGAGAGGCUGUCCGCCUUCGCCAACCUGCCCGAGGCUCGCGUCCAGGUGUGGUUCAAAAACCGACGGGCCAAAUUCCGCAAGAGCCAGCACGAACCGCGGAAGAAGCCCCCCAAGACCGACGACCCCCCUGGCGUCCUUGUGGGAGGAAGAGGAGCGACCACGACAGACCGGCACCAUUUGCAAGCGCCUCGGAUGUGGCCCAUGUCACAGAGCGCCGUGCCAGGGAAGAAACAGCUUGUCGUCGCUGUGGCAGAGGACCACACAGACGCUGCUCCAAGGCCUCUCCUGGGGGAUCAUAGAAUCAUAGAGUUGGAAUAGACCACAAGGGCCAUCGAGUCCAACCCCCUGCCAAGCAGGAA